GGCACAAGCUGGCGCGGCACAGGCUGGCGCGGGGUGUGCGUCGCCGUCGCGGCCGGCAGAGGGAUUCUGGGUAACGGCCCCAGCCGGCUGGGGCUGCUGGCUCCGCGCAGUAGGUUCAGGUCACGCCAAGUCUGUUGGCAGUGGGGAUUGUAGGGCCGGGGGCAGCCGGACAUGGAGCAGCCGUGGCCGCCGCCAGGACCUUGGAGCCUCCCUCGGGCAGAAGGUGAGGCUGAGGAAGAGAGUGACUUGGACGUGUCCCCCGGUUCUCCUCGCUACCCGCAGCUGCCGGGAGGCGGCACCCAGAUGUAUAGCCAUGGAAUCGAAAUGGCUUGCCAAAAGCAGAAAGAGUUUGUGAAGAGCUCUGUGGCGUGCAAAUGGAAUCUCGCUGAAGCUCAGCAGAAACUUGGUAGCUUAGCACUGCAUAACUCUGAGUCCUUGGAUCAGGAGCAUGCCAAAGCACAAACAGCAGUAUCAGAACUGAGGCAACGGGAAGAAGAAUGGCGGCAGAAAGAAGAGGCUCUAGUACAAAGAGAGAGAAUGUGUAUGUGGAACAUGGAUGCCAUUAGCAAGGAUGUUUUUAAUAAGAGUUUUAUUAAUCAAGAUAAAAGAGAAGAAACAGAAGAUGAAGAUAAAUCAAAAUCAUUUAUGCAGAAACAUGAGCAGAAAAUCAGACAUUUUGGUAUGUUAAGUCGAUGGGAUGAUAGUCAGAGAUUUUUGUCUGACCAUCCAUACCUUGUAUGUGAAGAAACUGCUAAAUAUCUUAUUUUAUGGUGUUUUCAUCUAGAAGCUGAACAGAAAGGGGCUCUGAUGGAACAAAUAGCACAUCAAGCAGUUGUAAUGCAGUUUAUUAUGGAAAUGGCCAAAAACUGUAAUGUGGAUCCAAGAGGAUGUUUUCGCUUAUUUUUCCAGAAAGCCAAAGCAGAGGAAGAAGGUUAUUUUGAAGCAUUCAAAAAUGAACUUGAAGCUUUCAAGUCAAGAGUAAGACUUUAUUCUCAAUCACCAAGUUUCCAACCUAUGACAGUUCAGAAUAAUGUUCCCCAUUCUGGUGUUGGAUCUAUAGGUUUAUUAGAAUCCUUACCACAGAAUCCAGAUUAUCUUCAGUAUUCUAUCAAUACAGCUCUCUGCAGUUUAAACUCAGUGGUACAUAAAGAUGAUGAUGAACCCAAAAUGAUGGACACUGUAUAAUUUGGUUAAGACUGCUGAAGCCAAGUGCUAUUUUGCUACAAGAAAGGAAGAACUUGGCUAUUUUCUUGACACUUUUAUGGGUGCUGCACUUUAUUUUUGUUCGGUUUUUGAUGGGAGGGAAUACAAAGAGUACUGAAACGUUUCGUAAAAUUUCUUUUAUGUGCUGCUAGGUUUUUUUGUUUUGUUUUUUUUUCGGAAGAGAGGAGUGGUACCAUAUGUUGCAAGAAGUCAAACUGGACUUUUUUUUGGUGGUUUUAGCUACUAAAUUUGCCUUUAAUCUUAUUGUUCUCAAUUUUGGAAUCAAUGUAUGAAAAUCUGCACAAAUGCAAUGUUUACAAGAACUGGUUGAUUCUAGGAGGCAUCUGCUACAGUCUUUUUAUAUGGAUAUGUACAUGUUCUACUCUACAAAAAUGAUUAAAGAUAAAAAUGUACUUGUAUCCUAUUGCUAAUUUAGCUGUCAAAUCUGGUGUUUCAUCAUAUUAAAAGCAAUAAAUCAGUAGUUGAUAAUCUACUUUACUAAAUAAGCGGGGUGGUACAAAUUAAAACAAAAUCGUUCCCCUUAAAAUAAUAUUACAUUUGUUUUUUCGGCACCAUCAGUUAAAUCCUUGACUAUGAUAUCAAUUUUAUAUAGAUACUAAAUUUACCCCCAAGUAUUCUCAGAACUGUAUUCCUUAGUAGUUGAUUUUACCCUGUUGACAUUUUAAUAUUAGGGUUAUAUAGUGAUAUAAAAAGUGAUAAAGCUAACACAGAUUUUUUUUUUAAUGAGAGGAACUCCAAUCUCACUCUUAAUUUCUUUAUUUGACAUAGUCUGGGAUCUCUCAGGGAGCAAGUUUUAAAACAAUACUAAUGGCCUGUAAGAACAAAUAGGGAAAAAUAAUCUGAUUUUUAAAAUUGUGGUUAUUGUUUGUUUUACUCUGAUGUGGCCCAAAGACUUUUUUUAAAAAGGCAAGAGAAAUCUUUUGGAGCUAAUUACUUAUUUCUAAGAAUUUGGUGAUCCUUAUUGGUAAUGAUGGCUUUUACUACAUUUGUCAUUCCUCUCUUUAGCUCAGUUACCAUGGAAUGCUUCUGAGCUUUACUACUUCCUAUAUAAUUCACUUUAAAUAUGCCAGGAUAUUUGAUUAUUCAUUUUAUUUGGAAUGAGAUGACAGUGUUAAUUAUUCUGUCCUUAUUAUUUGAGGAUUAACCUUCUGACUUAUAGGAACAUGAGCUUUGAUUUGAAACCAAUGUAGUCUUUGGCUCAGUCCCAUUGAGACUAGUAGCAAACAUUUAGAAGAUGACUAAAUGGGAUUUGGACUACACGUCUCAAUUUGAGAAGCCAGAUGAUGCCAAGGGACCCACAUGGUGAUCAGACCUGUUAUCUUGGCCUCAUUUGCACCUUGUUUUAACUAAUCUGAGGUGAUAAGGCACUUAGUACCCAUAGAAAUGGACUGGAAUUACUGAAUCUACGUAUGUAACAUCACAAUCUUCCUGGUUUUAAGAAUAAAGCUGUUUUUGUGCUUUUGAUAUAAAUACAUACUCUAUAAUAAAAUGUUUGACUAAUUUA